AUGAUGUCGCUCAAGUCGGCCCGUUUCCUACAAGUGCAGAGCGAGCUCGUUCAAUACCCUGAGGGGAUCCUUUCUCCCAACCCGGCUCUUAACGUGGGCACGAAGUCCAAGGGCAAGGUGUACGAGCCCUCAUUCUUGCUGCAAUUCCAAGAUGUUUUCAAAGAGAAGCCUUCCAUCGACUGGGACAACAAGCUCAAGGAGACUGUUGGCGACUCUUCUGAGUCUGCUGGCCCCAAAUCUGCCCGUGGUACGCCAUCCGGUAUGGGUAGUCGACAGCCCUCUCGUGGUGGACUAGGUGGUCCUAUGGGCAGCUUCCAAGGUGCCUUCCCUACUGGGCGUACCCUGCCACCUGGUACCACCUCUGCUCAGCGCUUCGAAGCAGCACAACGCGGAGGCCCAAUGACUAACCCACUCGCACAAUUGGUUGGACCUCCUCGUGCUGGCGGUGGAUUCCCUGUGCAGAUGGCACGCACUGGUUCUUUCCAAAACAUGAAUAUGGCGCCCAACUCUCCCCGCAUGGGUAGCUCUCGUGGACGCGGCAGUCGCCGUGGCGACAAGGCCCCGAACAAGAAGGAAGAAGCCGCAAUGCCACUGACUUCUGGUAUGGAGAUCAAGGCACUCGAGAAGUCCACUAUGGGUUGGACACCGCAUUCCAAAGCCCCGGCUGCCACUGCUCAGCAGAUGGCAGGCCACAUGGCUCCCGACAUGGUGCAACGCAAGGUUAAGGCCGCUCUCAACAAGAUGACGCCCGAGAAGUUUGAGAAGAUCUCUGAUCAAAUUCUUGAGAUCGCGGCACAGAGCAAAAACGAAGAUGACGGCCGCACCCUACGUCAAGUCAUCCAGCUCACAUUCGAAAAGGCCUGUGACGAGCAACAUUGGUCUUCCAUGUAUGCGAAGUUCUGCUUUAAGAUGCUUAACACCAUGGACCCCGCCAUUCGUGAUGAGAACGUCAAAGAUAAGCAUGGUCAACCUGUCGUUGGAGGUGCCUUGUUCAGGAAGUACCUCCUCAACCGCUGCCAGGAAGAGUUCGAGAAGGGUUGGGAGGUCAAUUUGCCCGCGAAACCCGAAGGGGAUCAGACAGAGGCAGCCUUACUCUCCGAUGACUACUACGUUGCCGCUGCUGCCAAGCGUAAGGGUCUCGGUCUCAUCCAGUUCAUUGGUGAGCUUUACAAACUCAAUAUGCUUACCUUGCGCAUCAUGCACGAGUGUGUGCUCAAGCUUCUCGACUUUGAGGGUCUGCCCGAUGAGUCCGCGAUCGAGAGUUUGGUCAAGUUGCUACGCACUGUUGGUGCAACCAUGUCGACAGCCGACGCUGGACCAAAGAUGCUGUCCGUAUACUUCGAACGUGUCGAGAAAAUUAUGAACAUGGAGGCACUGCCAUCACGUCUCAGGUUCAUGUUGCUUGACCUUGUUGACCUACGGAAGGCCAACUGGCACGACAAGCAAGCCGAUAAGGGGCCGAAGACGAUCCAGCAAAUUCACGCUGAGGCUGCAGCGGCUCAACAGGCCGCCGCUCAAUCAGCUGCUAAUCAGCGUGGUGGUCGCCUCCCAGCUGGCCGUGGUGAUGCUCGAUCCUUCUCUGGGGGUGGAAUCCCGCCUCCUCAGGAUUUCGGCAGCCGCGUCGCGAUGGAUGACCUGCGGAAAUUGACGAAGGGCUCAUCUGGCCGCAACAGCAGCGGUAUUGGCCCUUCCAUGCUUGGUGGUCGCUCCGGUAGUGGACGACGUGGUCUUGGUCCUGGUGGAGCCUUUGGAGCAGGUGCAGAAUCGGGAGCCUCGUCUCGGACAGCCACCCCUCCUGUGCAGAAGGAGAAGGAGUCCACGUCCCACGCAAACUCGUUCAGUGCACUCAUGGCUCUUGAUAACGAAGGUACAGAGGAUGUCUCUUCUCCGCCCCCGGCUACGUCUCCUCCACAGUCGAAGGCAGCGCCCGGUGCAUCUGCCACCGACGCUAAGCCAUCCGAAUAG